AUGAACGCCAGCCGUCACACUCUCCUUGAUCACCUCCCCGUCGAGCUCCUCAGCUCCAUUGCCAGCCAUCUCGACCUGCAAGACUUCAGGUCUUUCCGUCUCGCGUGCCGCCUGAUAUCACUACGCACACGCAGCUUACUUGCCUGUGAAGAGUUUAACGGCCUCCUCUGGCGACCAGACGCCGCUCGUCUCUACCAACUGUCACGGAUUCCUGAAUGUGCGAGGAGAAUACGCUCCGUCACAUUCAACUUUGCCCGGCUGAAUGAGUACAAGGCCCUGCACGACUCCUUCAGCCACCACUAUCUAAUCGAGCCGGAGCUUCGGUCGGAGAUUCUCCACGACAAGUGGGAGCAGUACUUCCAGACACAGCGGCAGAAGAAGGCGUUGGGGGAGUUCCGACUGGAUUUGGCUGUAGAGGCCUUCAGGUCGCUGCCGUCCUUGAGAGAAGUAACGUUGACGUGGACGCGGUGUCCGUGGGAUGUGGAUAGUGAGGCGUGUAGGUUGUUCAGUGCUGAUGUGUCGAUUCGUAUGGCUAAGAGGGAGGUGUUUGAUAUACAGGAUGCGGUGAUGCGAGAAUUGUGCAAGGCCGCAACGGGACUGGACACGCUGAGCCUGGAACCUAUCUCCAUGCUGGGACCGAAUGGGGAGCUGUAUCCUGGCGGCGAACCGGAGCUUGGAACGUGUUGCCGCGCGGAUGAGCAUCUGGCCAUCGCCGAGGCUCCAUCUAGAUUCGAUUUUUUCAUGGCGCUACGGCGGUUGAGCCUGGUUUUGGACCGAAAAUCAGAGUCGUCCAUGGAGGCGGGGCUGCGCGCAGUCCUUCGUCAGACGAAGUUGAAAGAGUUGCGGUUGGAGUACCUCCCCUGGGUUCGAGUUCGCCCACGCACUUCAUUUCUGGAGGGGGUUUACAUUUCGGAACUCGAGGUUCUGGAAGUAAUCGGGCCCGAAGUUGGAUUGCGAAACCUAGCCGUGUUUCUGGCACGACAUGGUCACACGUUGAAGAAGUUGGAGCUGGUAGAUGUGAAGGGGAUAUCUUGUUCAGAGGGAACUGACAGCGACAGCGAUGGGCAAUCGAUCAAGGUAGAGGACGUAUAUGUAGAGCCGAGCGCGGCCCUCAAUACAGAGGCCAAUACGUGGGACGGCGUCUUUGCAAUUAUAGCCGAGAGACUGGCGAAGCUGGAACAAGCCCGAGUAGCGGGGGCAUUUACAGAUCCCGUGAGCGGCGGAAAGUGCUGGUUUUAUCAUGACGCCAUCCAAGUUGGGCCAGCGGUGCCAGAGGAUGUAUGGCUGGCGCCAGCUCGACCGAUGGAGAAAUAUCUGCUGGGGCAGGGCGAGAUGCCGGAGUUGAAGUUUUGGGCCGAGGGGACGUGA